CACAUUUCGGCGAGACGAACUAAUCUACAAUAAUGACGUCGACAUGAUUGGAUCAGGAGGGUUUGGCAUCGUUUAUCGAUGUCAACUACGAAAUUCGCUGUCAAAUUCAAGUCAAAUCGUGGCGCUAAAGGUUCUCGCUACUCCGUGCAAACUUAGACCGAAGUAACUGGGUGUGGCCUUAAUUAACUAAUUAAAGAUUCUUGCAGGGAGUUGGGAGCAUUUGUGGGGGAAGCGAGUAUAUUAAAGUCUCUUGUGGACUGUCCUCACAUCGUUCGGUUCUUGGGGCUAUGCAUUGACCCUGGCCACUAUGCAAUUGUCAUGGAAUAUGUCGAAUAUGGUAAUUUGGAAAACAUGUUGCUUUCAGGAGUAGACGAGCAUCCAGUGAUCAAACAGUGGAAUUGUCGUAUUCGAAUGGCAGCAGACAUUGCUAAAGGAAUGAACUACUUACACAGUCGAGCGAAACCAAUUAUUCAUGGAGAUUUGAAGACUGCAAAUGUAUUGGUGGAUUGCAACUACUGUUGUAAAAUUAUUGAUUUUGGGUUGGCAAAAGUGUGAGAAAUUUCAGAGCAAACACCAAGAGACCAACCUUGUGCUGGUACAGUGUCAUUCACUGCACCUGAAGUAUUUGAGGCAAAAGUGGAGAAGGGGAAGGAAAAGAAAGUUGACGUUUACUCAUAUGCAAUUGUUCUGUGGCAGCUGAAGGAACUGAAAUGUGUUAAUGCUGGUGUAAAUCAUGCCGUCAUUCGAGCUAAUGUGGUGGUUGGUGUCAGGCCUCCACUAAGUAAUGAUGAUGAGUGCCUAGAAGAAUAUAGAGAUCUCAUUGUUCGUUGCUGGAAUGCAGAGCCGGAUGUCAGGCUACACUUCAAAGAAAUUGUGACAAUGUGUGUGGGAAUGAUCAAACAGUAUGACAACUUACAUGAAGUAGAGCAGCGAAAAGAAUGUCAGAAUGGAUUUGUUAGUGAGGAUCAUUUGAGAAACAAAAUGACUUGUCCACAUUGUCGUAAAGAUUCUUGUUUUGAGUGCAAACAGAAGUGGAAACCACAACAUGAUGAUCUAACAUGUGAUGAGUUUCGUAACUGGCAGAUUACUAAUGAUCCAGAAAAUCAGCGGAGAGGACUGGCUGCUCAACUGGACAGAGAUGGCAUUGAUUGCCCUAGAUGCAAGUUUAGAUAUGCUUUAGCCAAAGCAGGUUGUAUGUGCUUUAAGUGUACACAGUGUCCUCAUGAAUUUUGCAGUGGCUGCUCACAACCUUAUCUGAGAGCGAAGGCCUGUCAAAGAUUUGAUGAUUGUAGAACACGUGGUCUUCAUGCUCACCAUCCUCGUGAUUGUUUGUUCUUUUUACGAGAAAACUCAGUACAAGACUUGCAACAGCUGUUGGACGUGCACCAUAUUGAAUAUGAGACAGAAAUACCACCAGCUGCAGGUGCACAGGAUGUAGAAGAAGAGGCACCAGAGGUGGCUGCUGCAGUACGUGAUCAUGGAUUGACCUGUAUGGUUACAGAACAAAAGAAACACCCGAUGGACUGCAAGAUGAGCCAUGUGGUUGAGUCUGUAAAGAAGGGUUCGUAGGACUGUGCAAACUUCAUUACAAGGAGUAUUUGGUUCAACUGAUCAAUGUCAACAACAUUGAUCCUAUUGACACUAUGAAUGAAGAUUACAUUCUACCUGUACUGCGUCGUGAGAAGAAGGAAGUUCCUGCAAGGCAGAUUGGUGAGUCAGAUGCAGACUACGUAGAGAGGCUGCGACAGUAUGUAAAAAAUGAAAUUCAUCUUCAGCAAAGAGAUGGACGUGGGGUGUUGCAGGGAAUGUGUGAAGUCAUUCUGUAACUGUAUCUUUUUACAUAAUUAUGGCAAGUCUUUUGAGAUGACGUGAAUUUUUAGAGUACUGUUUGCAAGUGGAAUGUCAUAGUAAUUCUUAGCAAGUUGAUUAUUGUGUAUUGUAUUCUACUUUGAUGUAGUAGCUAUGACAGGUGAAUGUUGCUAACAAGUGGUUUGUCAAUACAUCUAUGAUGACUGAACAGAAGUGGCAAGGUGGAGAGAGAGUGUUGAUUCAAGAAUUCUAAUAUGAUGUUUAAUUAAUUAAAGAAUCAAAUUAGUAAAAGUUUUUAGUACUGACACAUUGGCUGGUACAUGUACA